GGAGGAUUUCACUAACAUUGCCGAGCGAUUAAUCGCCCAACCCAUCGUUCGAACUCUACUCAUCGCUGCUGCGUUGAGUAGAGUCAGAGGAUUUCACUAAACCCGUCGCAGCAGCGAUGCAUUUUUAAUGAGUAAAGUCUUCGUGAACGAGGAUGAGGUCAAUCGCAUCGCUAUAUACUAGCGUCCUUUUGCCCGCCAGUUUUAACUGCAACAACUUGAUACUUCACCAACAAAAGUUGAAAAUGGAUUCAAGCAACAUGCAUGAUGCCAGUGACAAGAGAGGAAAGCCCUGGGAGGACCAUGAGGUGGUGGCCCUCUGCAGCUUCGUGGGCUCACACGCAUCCCGUCUUUUUGGGAGUGGCGGGAGGGGAAGUUUGGGCGUGGAGCGCCAAAAGAUGGAUGCUUGGGAGGAGUGCCGGAGGCACAUAGUAGCAGCAGGGGGUCGCCCAGACAGGUCCUGGGCGAAGCUGAGGAAAAAAUGGCAGGACUUGGCUUCUAAGGCCAAAAAAUACUCAACACAAAGGAAGCAGCAAGUGCAUGGAACUGGUGGAGGAGGCUUUGUGCCGGCCCACAGACUCUACGAGCUGGUGCUGCAGGCACUGCCUGAUGAGCUCAGGGACGGCAUAGCUCCCAUUGACAUGGCUGAAACUGCCCCAUCAAGUGGAUCACACAAGAACGGUGUAGAAGUUGUUAAGCAACAUGCAGAAGUUUCUGUAGUACCAGCUACUGUGACUUCAUCACAAACAUCUCAAGAGAAUGUAAGGAAGCAACACGCUGCACUUUCUAUUGAGCGAGUACCAGCAACUGUGACUUCACUACAAGGAGCUAUACAGACUGUUAGGAAGAGGCCUGCCACAAGAAUGGACACGGAAACCGAAGAUUCUCAGGAAUCUCAGCAGGAAGGAAAGAGAAAGAGGAAGAAGGGGAAGAAAGCUGCGAAAAAAGAGACAGAUGAGGUCAACUUACUUUCCCUCAACAAAACUAUGGCUGCAAACGAGCAUAGAAAGGUCAAGGUUCUUGAAGGGAUUCUCACUACCCUUCAAGGAAUUCAUGGGUGCCUGCAGAUAUUGACUGCCACUCCCCAAUCUACAGCUGCAGAUAUCCAAACGCAUGCUGAGCAGUAG